AUCACGAGCCUCCUCCUCUCUGUCAGUCGAUCUUUAAAGAGCCAACCAGAAAAGAGGGGGUUUGAAGGAAGGAAGGUUGGAGAGAAUAGCCACCGCCAGGAAGAUGAAAGGUGGACAGGUAUUGGACGGUUCAGAUAUAAAGGGAUUGGUUGAGAACGAGGAGGUGUUCGAGAACUUCGUGGACCAUAAGUUCAAAGAGCUCGACAGAGAUGGAGAUGGAAAGCUGUCCGUGAAAGAACUACAUCCAGCUGUUGCUGAUAUUGGAGCUGCUCUUGGUCUUCCUGCUAAAGGCUCUUCUCCUGAUUCUGACCACAUCUAUAAAGAGGUUUUGAAUGAAUUCACCCAUGGAAAGCAAGAGAAUGUGAGCAAGAACGAGUUCAAAGUGGUACUCUCUGACAUCCUGCUUGGCAUGGCGGCUGGGCUCAAGCGUGACCCCAUUGUGAUAUUGAGAAUCGAUGGCGAAGAUAUCCUGGAAUUCACCAACAGUCCAAGGUUUCAACCGGAAGCCAUUGUCAUAUUUUCCCAAAUAGAGAAUGGUGAUGGGUCCCUGCAUGACUACAUUACCAAGGCAUUGAAACAGCUAACAGUCGAUCAUGGGUUGCCACCUUCUUCUGAUUCUUGGGUUUUCAGCAAUGUCAUUGAACCAGCAUUGCAAUCCUGUCUGAUCGUUGAUCACGAAAAACCCAUUUCUCAAGAGAUGUUCUUGGAGGAAUUCAGCAAGGUCUUGAAGAACAUCGCCUCGCAGCUCAAAGAGCAGCCAGUAAUCGUGGCCCACAGUGAGAAUACAUUCGAUGGAAGCAGCAUCAAGAGAUUAUUAUCGAACCAAUUCGAAUUAGAAAAGUCGUUGGACGCUGCAAUUAAAUCCUUGCUGAAAGAUCGAAAUGGGAAGGUAUCCAAAGAGUAUCUUCAGGUCGCCUUGGAUGGGAUGGGCCCAGCUGCUGGUUUGCCACCUUAUGGUGCAGUCAGUCAGAUAGAUAUGGUCGUGAAUGAGGUCAUCAAGAUGAUAAAUGCUGAUGAUGGAAGCUUCGUUACUGAAGAAGAGUUCAAUAAGAUCAUGGAGGAAAUCCUGGGGAGCAUUAUGCUACAAUUGGAGGGGAAUCCUAUAUCGGUUUCUUCAAAUUCAGUUGUACACGAGCCGCUUGAAUCUUCCUCCACUCUGUUGCCUCCAACGGUGUCGUCCACAUUGCCCGAGAGUGGGUGAUCGAUUACUGAAAAGAUGAUGAAAAUAGAGUACCCAAAAACAUGCAUGCUAAUAGGCUAUCUUAAGAGCUCCAAUGCAAUACUAAUUCUAGAAAUUAGUAUGUGUUUGAUCCUUAGUUAUUGAAGCUUUUUGAAUGCAUAUGUUAUAUUUUGGAAGAUUGGUUUGUGUCAUUUCACAUAGAAAAUAGGAGAUUUUAGAUUUGCACA